ACGACCAACCAACAAUGGAUUAUACGUUUGUUAUCAAUGGCGACCCAAACAGCCGCAAGAGGAAAGCUCCCCAAGGCGCAUGCGAAACUUGCAAGAAACGAAAGUCUGAUCCUCGUACUGCCUCUACGACUCCAGGUCGAAUGCAAAAUCUGGAUCCGCCUUCGUCUGGUCGGGACAAGUCAACCAUCUCCAGUGACGAGCAGCGGCAACAUCACGCGCGACCUUAUGAACACCCAUCCAAUUCGAGGUUUAUUGGAGAUCUAAACCCGGAAGCCAGUUUGGUAGCGGAACAUGAUCCUGGCAGUGGAAAUCGCGACAGACAUGAUGUUGGUAUAUGGGUUGGACGCCAUACCUAUGAUGUCCGACACGAACAUGACCACCGNCAAAGAGAGUCUGUGGAUGCUCAUUCUCCAGAGAGGGAAGGUCUGGUUGGUGGUGAGGACCAAGGCCCGCCGUCCGCUCUGAUGAAUACGCAAGACAGAGACUCACUCAUCGAUAUAUACUUUGCGAGACUAAACCCAUUACUGCCGAUAGUGGAUGAAGCCACUUUUCGAAAUACAGAAAGGAAAUCUCAGCUCGUCAUGUACGCCAUGUGUCUGGUCGCGUCACGAGAUCAAAACGCAAGACGCUACCUACGCUUCUUGGAGAGCCCUGAACCACUUACGCCAAGGAAGUUUGCAUCGAGAGUAUAUGCCUCACUACGCUGGGGAGUUCAGUUGGAACGCGAGCGUGACAAAAUCAACUUGAUACAGAUCUUAGCUCUGAUGUCGCUGUACUCUGAAGGUCCAGACGGAACAGUGGACGCGUCCAUGCAUCUAUCGCAAGCGAUACAUCAUGGUCAGACGAUUGGACUACAUUUAGGUCGUUCUAGCGGACAUGGAGGCAGUCGGACGCGAUUGUUCUGGGCCUUGUGGAUCUUGUCCAGUUUUAACGCUGGUCUGAAUGGACGACCACGUCAAAUCUUGGAUCUGGAUAUCGGACUCAAGUUGGAAGAAGCAUACGAGAUCUCUGCGCCAGGAACACGGAUAUUGCUCGCUAUCUCACAACUUCUUACUAAAAUCAUUGGGCUUUAUCAACCUACAGCCGCGCUGGACAUUAUGGGUAUCGAGGAAGACUACGAAAGCUUUGAGAACAUCCUGGACCGUUGUGGCGCCUGGGAUCUUGAACCGAAUGUCAUAACGUCCUUGGAAAUCUACUAUCAUGGUGUGGCAAUCAUAUCUCACCGCGCUCGCGCGACUUCUCGGCCAUUGCUUCCGACGCCUUCAAGCUUACGGCAGGAGCUUUCUGCGUUACAAAUAGUCACCACUCUCCGUCACAUCUCGCCCCAAAAUCUGGUACCGCUGCCUCUAAUACCUUACGGUAUAUCACUCGCGGUUUCCACAUUCUACAACCAGCUUCGUAGCGCUCGCAGCCAUAUAAAACGCACAGCAGCUCGUGAGCACAUAGACAGCUGCGUACAAGCUCUGGAGCAGUUGAGCGAGUGGUCACAACCAGCGAAAAACAUGGCCAUGUUAGGGCGCAAAGCAUUGGAGCAGACAGCACAAGUAGCCGGCGUGUCUGUAUCCCCAGAGCUGCGUCGCACAUCACGAAUGCACGCUGGACCCGCUGAGUGGCGGCCUGCAGGACCACCUUAUCACCACAGCGAUCCAGCUGGUUUGCAACAAAGCAACGCUGCUGCCUCACUCGCGGGACAACACCAACAGCCUGACGGUGGCUUAAGUGGCUUUGAUAUUGCCUAUGACGGGUUGAUGGACAUGGAUGCUGUGUUUGGCGACUUCCUGAACAUGAAUUUGCCUGAUUUCGGAUUACCGUUUCAG